AGGGCCUGUAAUAUUAAGGAGCUGGAUAGCAAUCGUGGAAAUAGUUAACUUCUCUAAGCUGUCCAUUUUCUGUGGCUGCCCACAACACAUUUGUUGUGUCCUGUUCUGAGUGCCCAGCUCAGUGCUUGCAAUGGAGAAACACAGGGUUCAUCUCACCUGGCUUUGCAUAGCUCUAGUUUGAUCCAUUGCAGUGUUAGCAGCGAUCAGAAGAAAAUGCUUCCAUUUGUCUCAGUAGCCAAGAAUGCAUGGGAAAUUUUUGUAUCUGAAAGGAAGCCUGGCUGGAAGUAUAUGAUGCAGCUUUUUGCAAUUUGCUCUGCAGUCAGCUUCCUUUCCAGCUUUCUCUUAUUCCUUGGCAUGCAUUUCUCCCUGGCUCACCACCCACUGGGUCCCUUACUGAUUUCUGGAUUCAUCUGGAUCUCGCUUUCUAUCGCGCUCUCCUGUUUCAAGCACCUGCGCUGUUUUACUGUCCUGUUCCUUCUUUCUUGUGGACUGAAAAAUGGCAGGAAUGCUCUUAUUACUGCUGGCACAGGUGUUGUGGUAGCUGGCAACAUCCAAAAUAUUUUUCACAACCUACAAGUUCUGGCAAACAGUAUAACCUGCCAUUUAGAGUAUGAGCAAUUUGCCUUGAUAAAAUAUUAUGUUGAGGCAGUAAAAUGGAUUUAUGAAAAGGCCAAGCUUUCCACUGAGCUAGUGAACCUAAAGCAUGACUUCACACCAUCUUAUUCAAUUUCAGAUGAUGCAUUAAAACAAGAGCUAAAUGACACGAAGCAAGAAAUCCAGAGAGUUGCUAAUCAGAUAACAUUUAUGUUGACUAUACUGCCCUGUAUAGGCCAGAAAGUGUUGCCUAUAGUGGGGAUUUUUCUAGCUUCUUUUGGAACUGGCUUGUUUAUGAAAAAAUUUGUGGGCUCUCACAGUGUGAAAUUUAAGAAUACUUACAUCACAAAACAGUUCAUCACUUUUGAUGAGCAACAAAAGCAACAGCAAAGACCCUGUCUUCUGCCAUUUAAUGGAAAAGAAAGAAAAGAUUAUAUGACAAUCCCAUCUUUCUGUCUUACAAGGAAGGACAAAAAAAAUAUGCAGUAUUUCUUUCUCCCUGUAACCAUACAUCUUUGCAUCUGGCUCCUAUUUUCUGCAGUAGAUUAUUUGUUUUAUUGGUUAAUUACUUCAGUAAAUAAACAUCUUCAAGAAGUACCGGAUCUAGAGAUUCAACUCAGACUCUUUCAGCAAAGGAAUGAGGACUUCUUCAUUGGUAUGAGAAAGCAUAUUGCAAAGAUUGCUCCUUUCAAGAUCCCUUUGUUUAGGCAUGACUGCAUCCUGCAGCCAAAGCUUGCCCUCUCCAUGACAUGGAUCCAGCUUGGAGUCAUCAUCUUCUUCUUAAUAAUUUUUGGAUUAUUCUCUGGCUUCCUGACUCAACUUAAAAUACUUGUGUUGACUUCAUUUUAUCCUGACACUGAGAUGAAACGGAUACAUUAUUUACAUGCAAAAUUACUCAAGAAAAGAGCAAAGCUACAGGAGAAAAACGGGAAGAAUGUGUUCACUAGAAAGGUUGACUUUUGGUUUCCAGUUCUCAAGGCAAUAGUGGCAGUAAGGAAGAAAGAAAGGAGUGUGGCAAAUGACAACAUGGUGUGA